UACUUUCCGUAUGCAAAAUAUUAAAAUUAUUAGCAUGAGUUUCAUAAUUGGCAUCACAAUAAUUCUAGGUACUACUAUGUUUUUUUCAUUAGACUUAACAAAUGCUCAUUCUAAUUCUUUUUUAUGUACCAAUUUUAUUAGAAGAAAGACUAUUUUUGUUGAUGAAAAAUUUCAUUUCCAUGGUGGACCCAAAAAGCAUCAUCAUAAAUCUCAUGAUAAAGCAAAUACAAAUUUCAAGUCAUGGAAUUUUAGACCUCCACAUGAACACCAUCAUCACAGAGUUAUAGUUGUUCAUGGGGUUAUAAACAUUAUUGGAUGGGGAAUUCUCUUACCUAUAGGUGUAAUAAUUGCAAGAUAUUACAAAAGACACCCAAUGAAAUGUGAAGAAUGGUAUUCACUUCAUGUUAUUACAAAAGUUAUAGGGUACAUUUUUGGCACAAUUGGAUGGGGUCUUGGCAUGUCAACUAGAAAUUCAACAAAAUAUCAACAUACUAUGAUGAGUACUCAUGGAAUUAUUGGUACCAUAAUAUUUAUUUUCACUACUAUCCAAGUUUUGGCAAUAUGUUUGCAGCCAAAUGAAGAAAGUGUAUACAGAAAAUAUUGGGUGAUAUACCAUAAUAUUUUUGGUUAUGCAUUAUUAAUCCUAAUUAUUGUAAAUAUAUUCCAAGGAAUUGAGAAGGAAAAAUCAAGACAUAUAUGGAAAUGUUCUUAUAUUGUAAUUGUGAAUAUUAUGGGAUUGAUUGCUCUUGUAUUGGAAUUUCUUCCAUGUUUUAACAUAAUUAAAAAUAAAAUUUUAAGGCGUGAAUAAAUUUAUUGUCCUUAGAAAAAUAUUUCCUUCCUAUAUUUUAUAGAUGAUAUAAGUAAAUUUGGAAAAUUAAUAGAUAAUUUUUUAUUUCUAUUCAG